AUGGCUGAGCCGGAGCCUAUCCAAGACACUAUCAAUGUCGAGCGGACGCCGACGCUCGGUUCUGGAAACACCAUUACACCAAACACUCAAAAUGCCCUAGCUGAGGAUGAUGCCUCGAGCCCUGCAAAUGGAGGAGGGCGAGCAUCCAGGUACUUUGCAAGAGGUGGAAAACUUCGACCCUUUCGACUGCUGAAGGAAGAUGUUAUCAACCUCAAGAGUCGAUACUUGUCAGAUUGGCAGAUCUUCAAUCAACAGGUGGUUGCAAGUGCAGUCUACAUCUUCUUCACAAACCUUCUUCCCGGUAUCACUUUUGCCAGUGAUCUAUACACAUUGACCGGCAAGUCGUGGGGCACCAUCGAGGUUGUGUUCAGCACUGGACUAUGCGGCCUCAUUUUCUCUCUAGCUCCUAGCUUCUCGGGCCAACCUCUUACGAUUCUGGGCGUUACAGGCCCAUUCUCGGUGCUGGCCGAGAACAUCUACGAACUAUGCGAGACACACUUUCAUGUCGAAUUUCUACCAGUCAUGGCAUGGUCCCUCAUCCACGCUGGCUGGAUGCACUAUCUCCUUGCCAUCUUCAAUGCGCAUGACUGGACUAUGCAAUAUGUCACCCAUUUCAGCGCCGACAUCUUCUCACUCCUCAACAGUGUCAUCUACUUCCACAAGGCGGCAAUGGAGCUGAAGCGGACCCACGCUCGAGUCUCCCUUGCCGCCUUUCUAUAUGCUGUUCUUGGAGCGGUGGGAACGUGUCUCCUGGCAAUUCUGCUGUCUACCGCAAACUCGUGGAAGCCUAUGCUCCAUCGCUACGUUCGACUUGGACUUACAGAAUAUGCUGCUGCUAUUUCCAUUAUUAUCUGGAUCGGAAUUCCAUAUAUCGGGGAACUAGCAUCAUUAGAUCAUAUACGGCUCGAAGUCCAAACCAGCUUUCGACCCACGAACCCAGACAGAUCGACUUUCUUUGUUCGCUUCUGGGAGAUACCUAUCGAAUGGGUCUUCUUAUCCAUGAUCCCGGGCGCCAUCGUCACGGUCUUGUUCUACUUCGACCACGAAAUCAGCAGCAUUAUCUGCACCGUGGAACGAUACGGGACCAAGAAGCCAGGCGGGUAUGCCUGGGAUGUUGCUCUCUUGGGAACCACUACCAUCCUUUGCGGUAUUCUUGGGAUUCCUCCUGCAAACGGCCUGUUACCUCAAGCGCCGCUUCACUCAGAAUCGUUGAUGCAUUAUGCCAUUGAGAGUCCUCCUGCGGAAGAAGGGGAACAGCCAGAUUCGCCUCGGCCAGUCGCAAGGACAUAUGAGCAGAGAUACUCUCACUUUAUUCAAGCUUCUCUCAUUCUGAUCUUUGUGUCUCCCCCACUACAGAAGCUUCUGGGUCUUACACAGACAUCAGUGCUAGCUGGUCUGUUCCUCUUCAUGGGUUACCAGUCUCUAACUGUCAACCCUAUUCUUGAAAGAGUUGUAAACCUACUCACGCCGCCAUCUGAUCUCCCUGCCCUCCCUGAUAAUGUUAGCUGGUUCGGUAUUCACAUGUACACUGUCACACAGAUCAUCAUGACAGGUAUUGUUUUUGGGGUGACGCUGACAAUUGCGGCCCCUGCAUUCCCUCUGAUCAUCAUCGCUUUAGUUCCCGUCCGGUUAUCGCUCAUGAACCGCGUGUGGAGCCGUGAAACGUUGCGAUUAGUGGAUGGAUGGGCUUGUCGGGAGGGCAAACCGGAGGAUUCGGAUUCAGAGACGAUGCAGGUGCAAGGAUCUGGAGAUGAGGAGAAGGCUGGUGUUUGA